UUUGAAGGCAAAACAGAUUCAACGUCAAUGAAACGCAAUUCCAUUCCGGUGGCCGCAAACGCCGCGAGACUAAUCAGCAUUUGGGACCCGCCACUCUUUCUUAACGCUGUUUCUAUUUUACUUUCCAAACAGCUUUCUCUCUCUAAGACUCUCUCUCUGUGUCCGACAUGUCCGAGGUUCUUGUGCGGCUCCGACCCAGUCCCAAACCCCUGAUAGCGGGGACCUCGCGUGACCCGUCACGUGACUUCCGGAGACCAACUGAUGGAAAUCUCGUGGUUUCAGGCUCAGGCGCCAGAGCAUUUUCUCUGUCCAGGAAAGCGCUGGUUUUUCCCGGGAAAAUUUGUGUGGUCGGAGGGAAGUCUUCAUCGAAGCUAAGCGCUUCGACCCAAGAGGGGUCGUUGCAGGGGAUCGAUGACUCGCCCGUGUCCGUGGAGCUCCAUCCCGUUUGCAGCGAGACCCAGUUCGAUCGGGUGCUCGCGGAGGCUCAGCAGCUCGAGGAACUGGUCAUCUUCGUUUGGAUGGCAGGCUGGUGCAGAAAAUGUAUAUAUUUGAAACCCAAACUGGAAAAGUUGGCUGCAGAUUACUAUCCAAGAUUACGGUUCUACCGCAUUGAUGUUAAUACAGUUCCACACAAGCUUGUCACUCGUGCUGGAGUCACUAAGAUGCCUACUAUACAGCUGUGGAAGGAUAGCAAGAAACAAGCUGAGGUCAUUGGUAGCCACAAAGCGUAUUUAGUAAUCAAUGAAGUCCGUCAAAUGAUUGAGAAUGAGGAUGCCAUGUAAGUCAUGGUAGUACAGCAGGCACAUCUUUUUCCCCCAA